UUUGCUCUCUGGCUGGUGUUGUGUGGAGAGACAGGCCACCCAUUCGUUUCCUCCCCCCAAACUGUCCACACACAGCCCCUGCUGCCGCUUCCAACGUCUGUCAACCUUUACCUCAGAUCCCUGAAUUGAUUGAUAAUGCUCGUAAUGUGGUGCAGUAGAACAGCGCUCGGCAGACUGCAGAGAAUCGCCCCGUGUACCGUCACCGGAUUUCAUCGCGCAAUGUCCACGUUACCGAAAGUGUAUGUCACGCGCAAGGUGCCGCCGGACGGGCUGGACAUUCUCCGCAAAUCCGGACAGGUGCAGUUUGAGAUGUGGGACUCUGAUGACCCUGUGCCCCGAGUGGAGCUGCUGAAAAAGGUCAAAGGUUGCGAAGGAAUACUGUGUGUGCUCACAGAGAAGAUUGACGCACAACUGUUGAAUGCUGCAGGUCCAAAUCUAAAAGUCGUCAGCACUAUGUCAGUGGGCUUUGAUCAUCUUUCUCUGGAUGAGCUCAAGAAAAGGGGAAUCCGUGUAGGAUAUACUCCGGAUGUUCUGACUGAUUGUGUUGCUGAAUUGACAGUUGCCCUGUUACUCGCUACGUCCAGAAGACUCAUUGAGGCCACACAUGAGGCUAAAACAGGUGGCUGGGGAACAUGGAGAACUUUAUGGCUGUGUGGUCAUGAACUAGCAAACAGCACAGUUGGCAUCUUGGGACUUGGGAGGAUUGGUGUGGCUAUCGCCGAGCGUCUGAAGCCGUUUAAGGUGAAAAAGUUCAUCUACACAGAUGUGGCGCCGAGACCUGAGCUCGCAAAUAUGAUAGAGGCCGAAUAUGUCUCUUUAGAUGAGUUGGCCAAACAGUCUGAUUUCCUGGCCAUAUGCUGUGCUCUGACUCCAGAGACUCAUGGCAUCUGCAAUUGGAAUCUCUUCUCCAAGAUGAAGAAAAAUGCCAUCUUCAUCAACACAAGCAGAGGAGGAGUGGUUAAUCAGGAGGAUCUGUAUGAAGCCCUGUCUACUGGUCUGAUCGCUGGAGCCGGGCUGGAUGUCACCACACCUGAACCGCUGCCCACACACCAUCCUCUUUACACACUCAAAAACUGCGUGAUUCUUCCCCACAUUGCCAGUGCUUCCUACAUGACACGGAACUCCAUGUCUGCUCUUGCCGCCAACAACCUGCUGGCUGGACUCAGAGGAGAACCCAUGCCUAAAGAACUCAAGCUGUAGAACUAGACAACCAAAUUGAAAAUUCAGAA